AUGUUAGACCACUCAAACAGUCUCAUUGGGUCAGAUAAUCCAACAACAGAAGUCCCAGCUCCAUCAACAGCAAAGCAUCAUCACCAACACCAUCACAAUCCUCAAAAUCAACAAAUAUUAAGUAUAAAAAACCUAUUUGAUAUUGAAUCAACUCCUAUAUCUUCAGAAUCAAUUAUAUCAACAAGUGAAUCUAAUUCAGUACAAAAUUUACAAUUUGAAAAUGAGCAAAAUUCAAUUGAAUUUAUUGCUAAUGCUAAUGAUUUAACUUCUCCAAAUUUUAAUGAAAGUAAUACUUCUUCUGAACAAGUUUCUGAAUCACCUGUUAUUACCAAAAUUAAUAAUACAAAUCAUAAGAAUAGAAAACCUAAACUUGAAAAAGAAGUCGUUUUAGAAGUUUAUCAAAAAAUAAGUAGAAACAACAGUACUGAAUCACAUCACCACUUAAUUGAAUCACAACCAAAUGCUUUAAAAUCCCUUACUAAUUCACCAACUUUAAAUUUUAAUUUUGAAUUUGAUAAUAAUUGGAGUUUAGAAGAUUUAUUAAAAAUUGAGGAUUCUUUUUAUAAUGAUUUGAAUCAAACUACUAGUGGUACAUUAUCAUCUGAAUCAAAAAUUGAAGAAAUAAAUACUACAAUUACUAAAGAAUCUGGAUUAGUUGGUAAAGAAAUAAUUAAUGAACCAAUUGAAAUUUCAAGUGAUGAACCAAGUUUUGAAAAUUUUGAAGAUUGUUAUAAUUCAUCAAUUAUAGAAAGUUUUAAAGAAUUAUCAAUUUUAGAAAAAUUUAAAAAUGUAUUUAAGAAUAAUUCUUCAUCAGUUUUUAAAAAAAUAAGUAAUUCCACAAAUGGACAUUUGAAUCAAUCACUUUUAGAAUUGUUUAAUAGAUCUACUACUUUUGAGGAUACUAAUCAAAAUUUACCGGUAGCAGCUUGUAAUGAAAAUUUAUCAGUUCAAAAUAAUAUUGAUGAUGAAGUUCCUAAAAUUAAAUUUCAAGAAUAUGUAUUUUUAGAUUCUGAUGAAAAAGAUCAUGGACAAAUUCAAACAAUUUUAGAUCCAUCUAUUUCAAAUGAUAGAAAAACAGUUACUACCACUACAUCUAGUGGUUCAACUAUAAGAUCAAUCAAAAGACAAUCACAAAAGCAUCAACAACCAAAACGUAAAAAAUCAUUCUUACAUUUAAUUUCAUCAUCAACUAUAUAUACUACUAAUCCAAGUACUAAUACCACGAUUAUUAAAUCAAUUUUAAAAAAUAAAACUAAUGAAAAUUAUAAUGUAGAAAUUAGAGAAUGUUUAAAACAGGAGUCUAUUCAAUUUGAUGAAUUUUGGCACAAUUUUGAGAUGAAUGAACAAUCUAAAAAUAAUAAUUAUAAUGAAGAUGUUUUAAAUCAAUUAAGAUUGGAACAAGUUAGAAAAUAUUAUUGUGAACAUUAA